AUACUGUGUUUGGCCAUUUUCUCUCAACUUGAAACUUUCGGCAAAUUAUUGUCCUAAUUUCGUGAGUAUCCUCCUUUUCACUUCUCAAUCGCUUCGAAUCGGGUUGGUGUUUUUCCGAUUCCCGACUUGUUGGCAUAUGAAUCGUAAUGGCUAAAGGAAAGAACAACUUUUUCGAGCAUCAAGAGACCCAACGUAUUGAAACUCCUCCUUCAUCGCCGUCCGGUAAAGACAAGGAUCAUGGGAGUGGCGAUAUGUUAGGUUUUAUGCAGGACACUGUUUGUUUUGAUGACAUUGCCUCGUCAGGUGAACAAAUGGAGGAGACUCAGGUCAUGGACAUUGGAUGUGAGGAUGAAGGACUUCCUCAUUAUGAUGAAACUCAAGCACUGCCUUUGUGCUCUGAAACUCAAGAAGCAUCUUUUGCGGAUGAAAGGCAAUGGCUAAAAGCUUCUGAUUGUUUGGCUACGCAGUUGUUGGACCAUUCUGAUGAUGAAAUUGCUGCCGAUAGUGAUGUUGCUGUUACCGAUGUUUUGGUGGGUGACAACGAGCUCUCUGAUGGCGACUCACUGAGUAGUGGUAGAAAUCUGUUUUCGGACAAAGAUAGUAUACAGCCUUCUUCUGAGAAGAUUAAUUCAACAGAUUUCUCUGAUGCUCUGUCGAAAGAACCAAAAAAUUCUGGAAAUGUUCCUAAGUUUACUUCAAUUCGCACAGCAGCUUUUCGUGCCACCGUUCUGGCAGCUCGUGUAGCAACCCCAAAGCAGCCCAACAGUGACUCACGUUCAAUCCUAACCAAUUGUCAUUCGUCUGAACGAUCUGGUAAAGGAGCCGCAAAUGAUGCCAGUGCAGAAAACAGUGUUGGGGAGGAAGUGGAUCGGCAAUGUACUCCCAGUAUUUCCGGUGAGAAAGCAAAUGAAUUACGAAUGGGAAACAAAACAGCAAGGAAGCUCUUUCCUGAUGAUUCACCCAAAGAAACAAACUGCAACAUUGUCGAUUUUGAUAAUGAGCUAGCAGGGUUGAGUUAUAUUGAUUCCCAAGAACCUGGGGAGUUAUCACAGGCCAGUGCUUUUAACAUUGUUGAGAAGCUCAUCAAUGAUCCCUUUUUGAAGUCUGAAGUUGAAGAUGACCAUGGAAAGAGAAGAGAUGAAAUGUCAAAGUUCGUUUCAAGUGUUAUAGGGCCACAGGUGUUGGCAAAGAAAUUCAAUUGCAGAGGUGGAGCUGUUGGAAUUGACAUUUUCAACUGGGAUGAUAACCGAGAGGAUGAAGGAGGCGGGGAAUUGUUUUCCAGAAGAAAGGAAGAGUUCUUUGGAUCUUCAACCAUGCCUAGAGGACUCAUAGGAAAAUCGAUAUGUGGAAAUGACGUAAGACUUGUAAAUGGGGCGGAUAAAAGAACAGCUCACUCUGAUUCCAGACUCUUGCGAAACAGUCUGAUAAAGAAUGGAAGGAAGAUCAGGGCAGCUAGAAAAGAAAUUAAAAAGAAUAUUGUCAAUGAAUUGGAUAAAGUUUCCAACGGCAAUAACACUAAAACCUCUGAUGUGCACGAAUUGGUAGAUGUGGGUCCUGAUACACAAAUGGCUGCUGAAGCUAUAGAUGCGCUUCACCUUGGAGAUGGCAGCGAGCUCGAUGCUGAUCGAAAUGCUCUAGUGGGAAAGAAACUCUCCCAAGGAGUUGUUACCAGACAAUCCAAGAGAAGGAAGAGGGUUGAGGUCAUGGAGAAAGAUGUAGAACCAUUAGUAGCAAGAACCAAGAAGGCUAGAUCAAUUCCUACUAAGGCUGGAGAGAAGAAUGUGAAAGGUUCUCUAGACAUUGAUGAACCCGUUGUGUCAGGUACGGGGAAGAGAAGAAAGAAAUUAUUAAAUGAAUCAUGUGAUUCUAAGCUACUUAAUCAGCCAAAUAGGGGCAGAUCUGGGGUAUCAAGCUACCCCAAGCGAAGAAGGUCAGCUCGAAUUUCCAGAGGUCAUCUCAAUGAGUCUGGAAGGAAUUCAGAUUCCGCUUUUGAUACCCCAAUGAAAUCCAAGAUGCUUCCGAAGAAUGUAUCACCUAUAUGCAUGGGUGAUGAGUAUCUGAUAAAAUCGCUCAAGGGUUCAGCAAAAUCGAUUUGCUUAAGGGAAGCCCGUGGCUUAAUUUCGCCAUCUGCAGAACCGAUUCUUGAGUCAAAAGCUACACGGAAGAGGAGAGACUUGGGGAGCAUUCGAGUCCUGUUCAGCCAGCACCUUGAUGAAGAUGUAACCAAGCAUCAGAAAAAGAUUUUGGCCCGCUUUGGAAUAGCCGAAGCAUCCUCCAUGAAAGAAGCAACACACUUCAUAGCGGAUAAAUUUGUGCGCACAAGGAACAUGUUAGAGGCUAUCGCUUCCGGCAAGCCAGUAGUCACUACCCAAUGGCUCGAGAGUAUUGAACAAGUAAACAUUUAUAUUGAUGAGGACCCAUAUGUAUUAAGAGACUCGAAGAAGGAGAAGGAGUUUGGUUUUAACAUGAGUGUUUCUUUGGUUCGAGCACGCCAUCAUCCACUUCUACAGGGAAGAAGAGUCUUUAUCACUCCAAACACAAAGCCCGGUAAAGACACGCUCACAACUUUGGCUAAGGCAGUUCAUGGACAGGCUUUUGAGAGGCUUGGAAGAUCUGGCUUAAAGGAUGAUAGGGUCCCUGAUAAUCUUCUCAUCUUAUCAUGUGUGGAGGAUUUUGAUAUUUGCGUCCCGUUUCUAGAAAGAGGCGCUGAGGUUUAUAGCUCGGAGUUACUGCUGAAUGGGAUAGUAACUCAGAAAUUGGAGUACGAAAGGUACCGUCUCUUUGUGGAACAUGUGAAGAGAACACGUUCCACAGUAUGGAUUAGGAAUGACAAAGGUGAAUUCCAACCCCGUCCCAGGUAAAAGAAGGCAGCGUUUCAUUAGUUUGGUCGAGUCUACAGCAUAGGCGAUGUAAUAAUCUGCAUUUACUACAGAGUCUGCCCAAUAGGUUAGAAAUGCUAUUUGUACCUAUAGUAGUUGUCUUCUUACCCCUGUAAAAUUCUUCUAAGUUACAGAGAGUCUCUCACAUGUCCUGUGACCUUUGGAAACCUUAGAUAUUCUUUUGUUAGCUUUGCAAAUUGCACUCUUUCUUCAACUGGUUCAGAUGAAUACUGGAAGAUUAUCA